UAUCCGUCUCAUCCGAUCUGUGGGGUUUAAGCGUUGACAAUAUUGUGAGAGAUAUAUGCUUGAUUAUUGCUAUUAGGCCUAUUUGUUUGCAAUGUCACCCUUCAUAUGGAAGUCAGCCAAGAUGAAAAUACAUAAUCAGAGGAUGAAUUGGUCAGAGAGGAAACAUUUUUAGGGUUAUUUAGGCUACCUCAUUGGACUGUUGCGUAAAAAUACAUGCUGUGUGACAACAAUGAAAGAAAAACAGUCUUUCCAAACAGGAAGUAGGCUAGUUCAGAAACCCUUUCCAACCAAUUGCACAGUCAAAGCUAGAAAAAAGUCAAACGGAUGCCCCAGGAUAAGUGCGAACUCAAUGACAGUUCUGUUAAAGCGCUUCACUUGCAAUUAAUGGGCAAUAGACGGGACUGCGGCCAAUGCGACGAGGAUCCUGCAAGAGAUUAUGCAAAUUCUUAGAUGGAGAUGCCCAGACUCUUUGCCUUGCUGCUGAUCGUACUGGAGUGGAUUCGGCCUGGCCUGCCCUCCCCUUUGCGGCCCAUCUGUGAUCUGCGUGUUCUCAACCACUUCAUUAAGGAGGCGCGGGAUGCUGAGGCUGCUAUGAAGUUUUGUAAAGAGGAAUGCAGUAUUGCUGUACCUCUCACAGUUCCUCUGACCAGAGUGGAUUUCGAUGUGUGGGAAAAGAAAAAUACAGAGGAGCAGGCUCAAGAAGUCCAGACAGGACUAUGGCUGUUAAACAUGGCCAUCAGCUCAGUUGGUGCAUCCAUCACCAACUCUGCACUUCACUCUCACAUAGACGCCAGCGUCAGAAAUAUCGCCAGCCUCAAGCAGGUGUUGCGCAGCCUCAGUAUACAGGACUAUGUGCCUACAGUUGGUGGGACAGAGGAGACAUGGAGAGUGUCUUCAGCCUCAGAGCUCUUCCAGGUCCACAUCAACUUCCUGCGUGGGAAAGUGCGCCUUUUGCUCGCCAAUGCACCUGUCUGCCAGCAACAUGUCAGAUGAUUGGAGCAUGGACAGGACAGGAACCCAACUGAUUGGAGCAGACCAUAAUAGAAGGCAGGACAUUAGUACUAAACUGUCAAGGCCAUCGUGCUUACCUGCAUGGAGCACUUUCUAACCAUCAAUGAAGAUUGGAACAAAAUAUUUAUCUUCAAGAACACUAGAUGGCUUUAGGAUGUAGUUCUCUUCACCGCUGCCCCGACCAACGCUGCACACUUUUCUGUAUGUGAUGCAGCCUGUCACUCCUUUCUCCCCAUUUGACUGACAUUUGUUAUACUGCAGAUGCACCUGCAUCAACCCUAAUCAGAUACCACUUUUAAUAAUUUUUUUACAAUGUAUUUGUGUUGAUUUUAUGAUGCUUAAUAUUUAUAUAGAUUUCUACAACCUGGAUUAUGGGUCAUGCUAUAAAUUUUGAGUAUGAAGCCGCCUGCUUUCUGUCUUAGCCUUUAACACCUCUAAAGAUUGACUUGCUGCUUUUAAGUCAUAUUUAUCAUUCUCAGUAAUGCACUGAUUUUAUAUAGAUUGUGUGUGUGUGAGUGAGUGAGUGAGUGAGUGAGUGAAAAUAAGUGGUUUGGAGAAUGUGUUUGUACGAGAGUGAGUGAAUAUGAGUUUAUGGGGAAUGUGUGUGUGAGAGAGAUGGGGAUAUCAGUGGACAGACUGUUUACAGGUCACUUCUGGUGAUAGGAAGAGAGACCAAAUAGUUACGCUUUUGGGGGGAAACUGGGGGGGUUAUGUGAGGGCUGAUGAGACUAUGUGUUGAUUAUAAGCGUCUGCACUGGAUUCACGUGCACAGCACCGCACAGAGAACGGCCAGGAAAAAUAUUGCGUCACUGCCAGGAAAAAAUAUUGAUUGGUUUGCAUGAAGAACAUCCUGCCUGACUCCUGCUCUGUUCACAGUCUGGUGUAAUGGCCUGGGAAACUUUUGGGUAGUUGACAUUUGUCUACUGUUUCUCUUUGUGUUCCAGGCUCUGUUGGUCAUUCUUGUUUGUCGUCUCUGUCUUCUUUUUAACAAUGUUUUCGCUAUGGGGUUCGUUUUUGACGUUUGUGAAUCAGUGUGUGAAUGUAAAGAAGGAAGUUUGUAAUACUACUUUCCUGUUUGUUACUGUUGUUGGCUUCUUUUACCACUUGUCCUAUUUGGUUAAUAAAAUGCAAAAUAUUAUUCUGAGAAGUAGUUGAAGGAAAUCAAGGAAACAAUAUGUAGCUUGCUUGAUUG